AUGUUCACCGGACUCGUGGAAACGAUCGGCACGGUGACGGCGCUGACCUCGCUCGACCCCUCGUUGUCCGGCGGCAACGGCACGUCAUUGACGAUAUCGGACUGCGCGUCGAUCCUGACGGACGCGCAGGCGGGCGACUCGAUCUCGGUGAACGGGACGUGCCUGACGGUGACCGAGUUCGACGGGCCGAGCUUCAAGGCCGGCGUGGCGCCCGAGACGCUGCGGCGGACGAAUCUGGGCCGGCUGAAGGAAGGGAGCAAGGUCAACCUGGAGAGGGCGGUCAGCGCGAGCACGCGCAUGGGAGGACACUUUGUGCAGGGCCACGUCGACACGGUGGCCACGAUCGAGAGCGUCACGCCGGACGGAAACGCCUACACCUUCCGACUGAGCCCGCGAGACAAGAGCCUGCUGAGAUACGUGGUGGAGAAGGGCUUCAUCACGCUCGACGGCGCCAGUCUGACCGUCACCAAGGUCGACGAUGCCCAGGGCUGGUUUGAGGUCAUGCUGAUCGCCUACACCCAGGAGCGCGUCGUCACCGCCACAAAGCAGCCCGGCGACGAAGUCAACGUCGAGAUCGACGUCGUGGGCAAGCUGGUCGAAAAGAGCGUCGUCGGAUACUUUGAGAGCACCACCAAGGAUGGCCCGCCGGCCAUUCUGGAGAAGAUUGUGGGAAGACUCGUUGAUGAGAAGCUCAACACGCUGCAGCGGUAG